AGCACCCAAAAAGCAUACAACUACUUCACAUCGAAAAUUAAUAUAAGAAAAUAUUCAGUACGUAAAAAAGUGCAUAGGAUUUUUCCAGGAACUUCCGGUUGAUUCCUAUUUUGUUCUUGUGAGCGCUGGGGAUUGUGACACAAGCUAAGUACAAAGGUUGACAUCUGGUGGUGGAGAUUUGGGAUUUUUCCAAGAUGUUAACUUUGUGCAUGUGGUUGGAGCUUUAAAAAAAUAAAAAUAAACUUAAAGGCUGAACUUUGAAGAAUCUGAAUGAAAACAGGAAGAAAAAUAAUAAAAGUAAAUAACUAAAGCACCGGCUUUUGAUUGGAGGUGUUAUUUGUUAAAUGGGCUGUAGUAAUUUUUUACUUUGGAGCAUUCUGGAAUGACGGAAAGGCAAGUGUUGUGAGGGAGGCAAGUUCUUGAUCAAGUUAGAGUCGUCGAACAACAAUGGCGGUCAUCAAAUUACAUGGAAGCCCUUUGUCAACAGCUACUCAGAGGGCUCUUACGUGCAUUUACGAGAAAGAGGUUGAAUUUCAUUUUGUUCCUGUAAACAUGGGAGCUGGUGAACAUAAAUCGGAAAACUACCUUUCUCUCAAUCCAUUUGGUCAAGUUCCAGCUUUUGAAGAAGGGGACUUUAAGCUCUUUGAAUCAAGGGCAAUCACCCAAUAUGUUGCCCAUGAAUACACCGAUAAGGGUACCCAACUGUUAUUGCCUGGCUCUAAUAAGAGUAAGGCAGUCUUAGAAAUGUGGAAGGAGGUAGAAGCCCACCAGUUUGAUCCUGCAUCUUCAAAGCUAGCCUGGGAGCUGGCUUUCAAGCCAUUUUUGGGCAUGGCUACUGACACUGGAGUUGUGGAGGAAAAUGAAGCUAAGCUUGCCAAAGUUCUAGAUGUCUAUGAGACUCGAUUGACUCAGUCAAAGUACUUGGCAUGUGACUAUUUCACCUUGGCAGAUUUGCAUCACCUCCCCAACAUUCAUUAUUUGUUGGGGACCCCGGCCAAGAAGCUGUUCGAUUCGCGUCCCCAUGCUAGCGCUUGGGUAGCUGACAUCACGGCUAGGCCAGCUUGGUCCAAGGUCCUGGCAAUGCUAAAACAGUAAGGACUUGGCACCUUCCAAGCUAUUAGCAUGCAACGAAUAAUACCGGGUGUAAUCUUUUGAAUUUAAUUUGGUUUCAGUGUUGUCCUUGGGUCUUACUAUCAUUCUCGGGGAAAAAAUAUGAAAAUAAAAGAUUUCAGUGUUUGUCUUCAGUCUCCAAUAUGGAGAUUUAUGCCGCGGCAUCCUCUUGUGUUUAUCCUUUGGGUGUCAGACUUCAAUCUUCAAGUUGAAGGUAUUGAGCUUGUGUUCCAUCUAUUGUUUAAUGCAGCAACAAUUCGCCUGGGCUGUUGAAUAUGGUGUCUUCAAUGAUUUCAUACAUUCGUUGGAGCGUUAUUACGUGAUUCCAACUCUUCAACCGGUUUCUUUCUUUUAAUUGUUCUAUACUAUUUGGAUUUGGAAAACUGCUGUAGGUGCACAGGUUGUGCAGAUAAAAUAUAGCUUAACCUUCUGAGAACUAGUCUGUUAGUAUUGACAAACACAUCAACCAAAAAGCAGAGCCCGGGAAAGGAUAAUCCUCCAUUAAUGGGAAGGAUGGGAGUUGAUAAAAUCUCACGAUACAGUUGGAAGGAAUUAUUGUGGUAAUAAUUAAAUUAAUAAACCCCAUGUAAAAAGAUGAUCAGAACGGUCCAAGAUACAACAUCCCCUUUAGGCAAUUCAUAAAAGCUAUGCUACACGAUCUCGCUUCGCCACGAAAACGGUUAGUGGACAUGGAUGGAAUUAAAACGUCCCACUUUUGUGGCAUUAUAGUCAAUUGACUGCUCCAGUUUGAGCUCGUGCAAAUCAGCUAGUGACUUGGGCAAUUUGGGAAAAUUAGAGAAAGCGAAACAAUGGGUUUGUUAUUGAGCCGGUGGCACGGGCUUUAAUAGGCAGGAGAGGGCAACGAUAUGGGCUUUGAUUCGAGAAGCCAGGAGAAUCGACAGUCACUUAGGCCGUGGCGCUCUUGAAGGAUUUCUUUGGGCCUUGGAUUUUGGUGAA